UUCACCCGGCGCGUUCCUUUUCGCGUGCUCAUUCUGAUAUUCGACACCACCGACAGCAGUCAUCCACCGCAAUGGCUCUUUGGCUACACCACAACCACCACCAUCAGCACCACCACCACCAUCAGCAUCACCACCACCAUCAGCAUCCGCCGAACGGGUCGGUGCCCUCGCGCGCUCAUGGUGGCUGGAACCACUCGCAGAUCCUCACAGAAACCUUUGCGGCCAACGAAGACAUUCCGUUCCACGACCAGCACAAGCACCACCACCGGUUCGCGCACCAUGUCAUGUGGUCUGCUAGCCUCUUGGCGCUGGCUGCGCUCGUGAGCUUUGUAGUGCUGCGCAUUUUGCGUCGAUCCAAGCGCCAGCACGCGUACGAGCCCAUCCCAAGCCCGACGCAUGUGUGAACAGCAAAUACAUACAAAGGCACUUGAUGUUCCCGUUGAUUUGCCUCGUGGAAAGAGGCUCUAGCACAGAACGGCCGUAGUAAGAGGGGCUAAUUCCGGGCGAUUGCUACAGUUGUAGUCGAGCCCAUGGACUGGUACUCCAGCGCGCUUGUUGGCGCCAAGGCGACUCGAGCAUUACCAACGCUCGACGCUACAGUUCGUAUAUAGUGUAAUAACACGAUUUGAGGUUUGCCAUCGGA